CGACGGCCAUUCAUGCUUUCCUUUCUUUCCAAUUUAUCACGCAUACACUCACGGCCUCAAGCAUCCACAUUCACCUACCAUAUCAUGUUUCAUGUUCAUGACGUUAUGUAGCGCAUUUCGACGAAGAUAUCCCCCUCGUUUUACUGUUGUAACGGCUUUCUUAAUCUUCUUUUCACGGCAUUAUUCAGGCAUAGCGGGCAUGGUGUUGAAACCCUGGAUCUGGGAAUUGCAUGGUUGCAGACAGUUCUAUACCAAUGAAGAUCUGAUAUCAUUACAAUGUUUGCUCUCGUUCAUCUGUGUCAUGACAGAAAAGUGUGCUUAGACUCCGAGACAAGUUUUGUGGGCGCUUCCCUGAGUAUCUGUAACCAUGAUAGUAGAUGUGUACCAUGGAGGUGAACAGAGUAAACU